CGUUUCUUUAUUAGAAGGUCGUUUAAAAUUACGACACCAUUCUCUUCAAAGACGACCUGAAAAUCUGUCAAGUCUGUCAGUCUCUUUUCUCUCUGUGGUCCAUGCAAUGAUGCAAAAUUGUGUGUGGGCCGGAGUUUCUAGAAUUUGCAGUGUGCAGACUGCAGAUCUAGGUUUGCAGGCGGCCAGGCCGGCUCCUCAGUGCAAAACAGUCUCACAGAAUAUUUUCUGUAGAACUGAAAGGUAUAAAUCUGUUCUAGAAGGAGAGUUUAUAAAUUGAGAUAAUGGCGUGGCAUAAAGGAGAAUGGUGGCCGUUGUAUGUCCCUGAAUGGUAUUCACCGAGGGUUUCCCAAUACUUCUUUGAUCCAUACAGCUUUACCCAUAUUCUUCAUGGAGUCUUCUUCUAUGGUUUGCUUGGUUGGUGGCCUCAGCUUAUCUGGGGGAAUUCUUGGUGGUGGGUUUGGUUGGCUGGACCCGGUGUUUCCUUCCUAUUGGAGCUAGCUCAUGAGUUUUUAGAGAACUCAGACCGGGUCAUUCAGAUGUAUAGGACUAAAUCUGGAACUUCAGGACUUUACCAGGGGGACAGCAUUCAAAAUAUCAUUGGAGAUUUGGUUUCAUGCACAUUUGGAUGGUAUCUCUCAGCACUCUGCGUUCAUUUUGGGGUUUGGUGGCUGAUAUUAGUGUGGACUAUUGUGUCUGAGCUUGCAUUAGUUUUCUAUAUGAGAGAUAGUUUAUUUCUCAUCCUGUUUCAGCUUACAUUCAAUAUUCAGGCGAUCAAAACAUGGCAGGCUGAGAAGGUUCCAGCACAUGGUAAACCUCAAACAAACCAAGACGAGAUAGAUGCUCUGAAGUCUCAUCCCUCAUAAACAAAAGUAGAAUUGGGAGUAAAAUUAAGCUAAAAAAUUGUUAAUGUGUAAUAAAAUAUUUUUUACCAAUUUA